UAUUACGUAUUUUUAUGCAUAAUACUGCGAAGCAAAAUGGCUCCUUCUCCAGCUCCAGCGCCUUCCGAAGUUGAUGUGUUUUCUGGACCACAUAGCCGCAUGAAACGACUGGUCCAGUUAUAUUCCGAGAAGUUAUCAGAAGUUGACCUGUCUAGCUGUUCUGACCUUCGUUCAUUGCUGUGGAUCCUGAAGGCAACUUUCUCAGAAUUCAAGACUCAUGAACACAUCGAGAAUGAAUGCAUUAUGUGGAGACUCAAAAAUAGAUUACAAUUUCUCAAGGUUGAGAUAGCAGCUGUGUCUGAGGUUCACUCAGACAACAAACUAAGUGAGAUGGUACAGCUGGUAGAAGAUGCCUGCUGCCAAGCAGACAAGUGCACCUGCCCCAAGCAAGCAGCCCAGAUAGGUCACAAUCUUAUCUUGGCACUCCGUAACUUCACAGAGGAUUUCUUGCCUCACAUGCAAGAGGAAGAAGAGAUUUUCCAGCCUCUGUUGAUGGAAUACUUCAGCUACAAUGAGUUGAAAGAGAUCAAGUCCAAUGUGAUUGAGAAACACCAGAAGCUCACCAAGUACUGCCCAGAGGAAAAAGAAGAGUCAGAAGAUGACAAAGAAACAAUUGAUGCCUCCAGAACUGCACCAGAUGAUGAAGAGGCAUACAACGAGGAGGUGGAGGAGGAGGACAACACCCUGAGUAAGAUUCAAGGACUGCCUGCUGAACUGCUACUGCAUAUCUUCUCUCACCUGAACCCCUUGGACCUGAGCCAGUGCAGCAUGGUGUGUACCCGGUGGGCAGGACUAGCCAGAGACCCGUCUGUCUGGAAGCAUCUAUAUCCAUCACGCUGGGCCAAAGGUAACUGGCAGUUUGGUGCAUCUGUUCAUCUGCCUGAAGACAUCGACAUGGAGUCCUUGGAACAAGACAAUGAUGUCUAUGUCGUGGUUGAUGAGGAUGCAGAUUUUGAUGAAUCCGCAUCUUCUGCCAUUGAAAGUGAUGCCAGUAAUGCCAGUGUAGCUAGCUACAGGGCUGAAUGCAUUCGCCGGGAAGCACGCAUGCUGGUUGCCAUGGCGAAGUACCUAAUUCCUCAUGUUGGAGAUGGUGUAGAGACAAUCAUUCUCUCAAACAGCAAAGGUGUCACUAAUGGCUUGGUCUACAAGUUACUAAUCCAAUGUCCCAACCUGCAAUAUCUCAAUUUGUCAGAAACCAAGAUAUCUGACAUUGCAUUCAAAGGUCUUGGAAAGAAUGGUGUUGGUAGUAAGCUAAGGCACCUGGAUCUCUCUGGCUGUGUGAACAUCACGGACACAACCCUCCAGAGACUGGCAUCUAUCCGACAACCCCUGCAAACCAUACCUGACAAUCAGAUGAUGGACACUUCCAACUACUCCAAACCAGAUUACCAGCACGGCGUCAACGAUAAAAAUGGCAGACCGCUGAAUGUUGAUCCUAUGGUUAGUAACAGAGAUCAGGGGUGUUGCUCAAGGAGACAUAAUGAAACACAACAUGAUACAGACAUUGUCAACAGAAGGCAACAAGGGUCCUGUGACGGUGGUUGUCAUGGAAACAACAGUGUUUCACACUCUCAAAGACUAUCUAUGGAUACUGCUCCAAGGACUAAGAGCCACCAUGAUGGCAGGCAUGAUAGGAGCAGUUACCAUGGGACAGGAGAGUAUGAGCAUGCGGAUGGAGGCAAUUUAUCAAGACGACUGCAAUUCUUGAGUCUGUCAGGAUGCUACAGGAUCACUGAUGUUGGAUUAGGAUUACUGUCUCAAGGAGGGGGCUGGCCCAACCUCGCCCAUCUUGAUCUCUCUGGAUGCCUCAAUGUCAGCGGGGCGGGGCUGUCUCUCCUGGCAGACAUAUGCCCCACCCUCAACCACGAGACAUUCUACUACUGUGAUAAUAUCGAGGAGGGACCGUACGCUGACACUGCCAGUGGCUGCCAGAAUCUUCAGUGCGGUAAUAGGGUAUGCUGCCGUCUGGGAGAGUAGAGAACUUUUGAUACUGCAGAAAAUGAUGUUACAUAAUUCUAGGGCAAGUCUUAUCUACGUUGUCAUUUGGUGUGUCUUUCUUACAAAUUAUCAAGGAGUUCUGAGGAUAUAUCUUCUAUUUGGAACCACAUGAUAAGUCUGUGUUAAAAUACAGAAGUUAAUGCCACUGUUGCUCCAACAGACAAAAUUCAUGUCAAAUGUAUCACAUCACAUCAUUUUUUGUUCAGAUCCAAUCUCUAGUAGGGCUAUUAAUGUAAUACAAUGGUCAGGUAUGCUCCAAGCUGAUGGUUGGAUACGUAUGGGACAGAAUAGCUUGGACUUGCCCUCAGUUGUUCAAACGUUGUUAGAUUUUUUUUCUAGCAGAAUGCUAUUGUACAAUGCAUAAAUUUCUUCAUGCUGCAGAUUUUAGACUACCCUUUUAAUGUCCUAUCCGAGGAACAGUGUUUUCCACUGUAACAUAGCGUGCGUCUAUGAAACAGGAGAGGGGCAUGUUAACACACAAUGCAGGCUUCAGUCAUCCGCUUGAGUUGAUUUCUUAACCACGAUCUUUGGUUCAAUAGUCAGACGCUUUAUCAACUGAGCCAACUCGCAUGCUUUAAAUUCAAAGAUGUAAUCCAAUCUUGUGUAGCAACAUUUCAUUUAUGGUCAUGUGUCUGAAUAUGAAUUAGAAUGUUAUCAUUAAUAUGCUUUCUAUUAGACAUCUUGAAGAGCCUAAUAUUGAUGUGAUAUUUCUGUCUUUUGCAGCUGUACUCUUUCUUUCCAUUGUCAUCAGUACAUUUUCUACUAAAGUCAUCACAAUGUUCAGUUGAACUUAGAAUCCAAAGUUCUACUCCUGCUACAUGUAUUUAUUCAAGCAAUAUUAAAUUAUAUACCAAAAAGUAACUGAUGUUUGUUGAGCCGCAGUGAUACAAAAAUAUUAUCUUCCCAUAGUCUAUGUCUUGUAGCAUACAGUCGAAAUUCACAAUAAAGUGUUUACUGUUUAGAAUUCACAAGUUGACAUUUGAACUGAUAUAUUAAUAUGAUGGUCAUGUCACUGUGCAAUUUACAGGAAUGGAAUAUAUCUAAUGUUUCUUAGAAAGAUCACAAAUGUUAUGUCAGUAUACUAUAAAAACAUCAUAUUACACUACACGAUACAUGCAUACUUUUUAGUUGUCAUCAACAGCAAAGACUCAUAUGCAUUUUAAAACACUGUUAGGAUUGUAUAUUGUAUUUGAUUACAAACAGACCUUUUCUAGUGUAGCCCAUGCUUGUGUAGAUUCAUUUCUUUUGAUUUUUUGAGAUCAACUCAAGUUUUAUACUUUAGAAUUAUCUCAAUAGGUUCAUUUUUAGACCAACAUUUACAAAGUGUUCCAUCAUAUUUGUAUCAAUUAGCGAAAGAGGUUCAGGACAAUUUAAAGAAAAGAAUCAAUGUAAACUUGCUUUUGUAUUAUACAUUCUUUUUCCACAGUUUUGUGUUAAUUUAAUGUUUUACAAAUAUAGUUUUGUUAUGUAUGACAUGUAAUAUUUUGAAAAGAACAUAUAUUUAUUCCAUUACAUCAUCCAGUUUAGUAAGGUAAAGUAUAGAUACGAUUGAAAUCACUUGUUAAAAGAAAAAGAUCAGUCCAAAAUGACAUGAUAUACAUGUACAUGUAAUUUCAGAUAAUCCUUUAACGACAUAUUAUGAAGGGAAUGUAAGCAGACAGCAGGAGAUGAAGAAAGAUUGAUUAUGGCACCAUGGAAUUGUGUAGGGUGCACAAUAUAUUAUCAUAACAGGAGGAAGAGAAGAAGAGCAUGUAAAUAAAAAAUAUAUUAUUACAAUAAAUAAAAGUUUGAAAGGACAA